AUGGCAAUCAAAACUGGAUCUGAAUUUCAGCCUUUCCCCUUAUUUGACACUGAGAACCCUCCUAAAAGACGCUUUUCCUAUACAAGCCCUCCUAAAAAUAAUAAAGCUAACAUUUCAUUCAAUACUUUUGCAGCCUCUGCAGACCUUUCUCGAAAAGACGGCUGAUUAAAGAAAAGGUCAAAAAAUCUGUUUCAUCAUUGGCAAUGAAGAUAUUUCGUGUUGCAGGACAAAAAACUAUAUUACUACAGAAAAAGCACUGAUAACCAGCCUGCAUUCGUAAUAAACUUUGAUUUAGUUACAGUUGACGUACAAGUUAUAAACCCAACUAGCCCAAGCUCGAUAAUAAUCCUCCCAUUAGGAUCAAAACGGAUUCUUGAACUUAAAGCAAAAUCUUCCCAAGAGCUCGCAGACUGGGCUUUUGCUUUACAUUUUCAUAUAAAUUCGUCAGAAGGCAAAAAGAAGGAUUUGGCUACUUUAAACCAAAAGAAAGAAUUUUGAAAAUUUGACAGGAUUUCUGACGCCCAGUUCAGGCAAUCAGCUUCAACGGGUGAUAUUUUAUUGUUUAGAAGCAAAAAUAUUGCAGCGAAAGUGCAAAGAGUCCUCACUCGAAGCAAAUUUGACCACGUUGCAAUGCUUCUAUGUUAUUCUUCAGGCAAGAUUGGGCUAUUAGAAGCUACAGGGCUUGACGGAGUCGGUAUAGUAUUUUGGGACGAUUUUUUAAUGUAUAAUUGACACUUAUUGUACUCAAGAAUUGUAUAUAGAAAAUUAAACAUAGAAAGGGAUCAAAAAAUGCUUGACAUUUUAAGUGAUUUUGUUGAUAAAGUGAAAGGAAAAGGAUACAAAAUUACUCCACAAAAAAUAUUCAAAAAGAGAGAAAAUUUAAAGCCUGGGCAUGAAAAGAACUUUUUUUGUUCUGAAUUGAUUGCGUCAGCUUAUAAAUCGCUGGGACUACUUCCUGAUGAAGUUCCUUCAUGCCAUUAUUGGCCUGGACAUUUUGCGAAUGAGAAAAAUAUUGAGAUUAUUGGAGCUUCUCUUGGCCCACAGUUGGUUGUUGACAUGAAUUUAUAA